UGGAAUGAGGAAAGGGAAAAUGAGAGCUUGUGGUGGUGAUAGUUUGUGGUCCCUUUGGGGAAAACAGGAAAUGCGUGUUUGAACCUUUAUGUCCCGUCCUCUUCUCACUUCAUAAUUAUUCAUUAUCCAUAUCCGAGAUUCUCCUUCUGGUUUUGAGCAUGUACAGUAAGUUCUACUGCUUGGAGCAGAGGAACAACAUGCAUCCCGCCCAGGAACAGCUCAGGAUAUUAGCACUUGUUUUCAAAAAGUGAAUAUGGAAAGACUGACAACGUGUCAUCAGCUAUCAGAACAGAAGACAAACGUUUCUGCAGGAACAUGAGUGGUUUGCUCUGGCCAGCCGACCCGCUUAGAUGAUAUUUCUGAGUCCCGCAAGCCCAGCAAGCACAAACCCAAUCCCUCUGCCAUGACAGUCACCGGCACGGCCCUGAGCGCGUCGGCCCAGGCCCAGAAGAAGAAGAGACGGCACCGCCGCAAGAGGAGCAGCUGCUCCACCUUCGACUGUGUGGACCCGAGCGGCAAACAGGAGCAGAGCGACCGCAGCCUCAGCUCCGACCGCAGCGAGCUGGGCGAGAAGCGGGAGCGCUCCUUCAGGAACCGCAAGGAGCUUCCUCCCCGCCUCAGGCGCUCCGGCGCGGCGCAGUCCGACUCCUCCACCGAGGACGAGGCUGGGCGGGAAGCCCGCAGCUGGAGCAAAGAGAAAGCCCGACGAGCGCGGCGCCGCAGCGUCAGCAGCCGAGAGAGGGACGCCGCAGGCGGCCGCGGAGCGCGGCAGGACAAGGGCGAGGCCAUGGAGCUGCAGUCGGUGGACUCGGACGAGGAGAAGGAGAACCAGCCCCUGGUGGAGGACAGCGGCGGCCUCAAGAAGAGACACAGCACCAGGGGCUCAGCGAAGAGCCCCGUCUCCCGGAACCAAAGGUCCCGAAGCAGAGAGGGGGAGAAGAAGAGCUGCCGGUCCCGGAGCUCCAGAGACAGCUCCUCGCUGGCGGAGGACGGCGAGCAACUGAUCACCAAGAGAUACCAGGAGAGGGGGUCUGGAGACGGGAACAUGUCGGUGCCCAUCCCCCAGAACCACUGCGGGGCCGGGGAGGGUCACGGGGGCACAGCCGGACCCGGUUCAGACGACUCUGAGCUGGAGGUCUGCAGGAUCUGCCACUGUGAGGGGGACGAGGACUGUCCACUGAUCACGCCCUGCCGCUGCACCGGCAGCCUGAGCUUCGUUCACCAGGGCUGCCUCAACCAGUGGAUCAAGUCGUCCGACACGCGCUGCUGUGAGCUCUGCAAGUUCGACUUCAUCAUGGAAACCAAGCUCAAACCUCUGAGCAAGUGGGAGAAGCUGCACAUGACGAAGAGCGAGAGGAGGAAGAUCUUCUGCUCGGUUUUGUUUCACCUCAUAGCUAUAGUGUGUAUGUUGUGGUCUGUCUACAUUCUGGUCAAGAGAACCACGGACGAGAUCCGACUGGGGAAGAACGAUGAGUUACGGAGAGUUUCUCUUCUAAAGUACUAUUCAGCUCAGGGUAAGCAGCUCUGCGCACACACUCUCCCCCCGUCCUCCAGCGCUCCCCUUGGAGCCCGGCUGACUGCGGGUUGGGGGGUUCUCUGCCUCCACAGGUGUGCUGGAGUGGCCCUUCUGGACCAAGCUGAUCGUGGUGGCCAUCGGCUUCACAGGCGGCCUCAUCUUCAUGUACAUCCAGUGCAAAGUUUACCUGCAGCUGUGGCGCCGCCUCAAGGCCUUCAACCGCAUCAUCACGGUGCAGAACUGCCCGGAGAAGAACCUGCACCACCCACCUCAGGCCCGGCCCGGCGCCAUGUCCAACGGGAAGCACGAAGCUGUGGAGGUUCCCGUCUCUCCGGUUUCGGCUCUGGCUCCUGCUCCGGCUCAGGACAUGGACUCGGACUUGUCCGUGGAGGCUGCGGUGGCUCCGGACCCAAACCCCAUCUGACCGCUGCUCCUGCAUGCCGGACCACGCUCUGCUCUGUUCAGAGAGGCAGGCGAGAGAGCAAGGCGUGAUUCAAGACUCAGGUGGUACUUUCUACUCAGCUGCAGCGAUAACUGGUCUUUGAGAUGCAGCAGAUGAGUCUAAGUACUGAUCCCGUCCAGGACAGCUGGCAUGAUGUGGAGGGACAAAACGCAAGAGACCAGUAAAAAAAGGGAGACAAUAAGAGGGGGACUGAAGAGAAAAGACGUGGUUUAAUGGCUUGUUGAUGCCAUGUUAUAAGUAUGCACUUUCUAAACCUGCACUGAUAGAAAUGAUGUAGUUGAAAACUCCUGAGGAUGGGUUUAACCAGAGGUCAGUGUGCUUCAAAUACGCCUAGCAAACUGAAGACCGAGUUCUCAUAUAAAGCUUCACACAUCCCACAUAUACCAGACAAUAUAUAAUACGAUAGACACAUGAUCAAUAUCAAUGGAUAAUGCAACUGAUAGAAAAUUAAAUAUUGAGAAUAUUCACUGAACUCCACAGCAUUCUGGAAGAUGUAGGCAAAGUUUAGCCGCUCAAGGCUAGCAAAGCAAAGUUGCUGGUAUCAGGUGGCCAGGUAACAACCAGCCCCUCAUUCUACGCUGUUUGCUUCGUACAGUCCAGAUUCUCAGCUGUUGAGAAACGAUUGCUUCCUGAAGGCAUGGACUCAGGUGAAGUUUUAAACUUUACCCAAAUGCCAACAUUUCUCCGUGACAAUAUGUAAUGCGCUGGCUUCCUAGCUGGGAAGCUAUGAAGCUUCCUGAAAAUUGGCUGCACUGUAAACAAUCAUCCUCUGCUGCAAAGAGAGAAGUGCAGAGCUAAACAAGAUGGCUGUCAUUUGAUAAUUCGAUAUUUGGAAGCGAGACCAAAGCACACUCUGAUCGACUUCGUUCACUUCCCACACUGCCAUUGCUAAAACAACAGGCAAAUCUAAAACAGUGCAGAAAAUCAACGUCAUCGUUGUUGACUCCUCCUUCUGUUUCUGAUUGGCCUGGUAGAAAAUCUACUGGAGGAAAAUCAGUGUUGGGAGAAAACCCAUACUGAAGGCUAGUGGCGUCAACUGACUCACUCACUCAUUGGUUACCUAGCAGCAACCUGUUCAGUAACUUGGGCAGCGGGAGUGUCAGGUUUUGCCACAGUGUCUCAUAACUUCUUAAAAAAUAAAAAUCAGCAUGGAGAGAAAACUGUGGAUAAAACAGGAACAGUCACGCCAGAAGUUUGGCAGGAUUUUAGAUGUCUAAAACAAAAAACUAAUCAGUAAUUAUCAAUAGACUGAUAUGAAACACUUAUGUUUUUCAGCCAUAUCGUCGAAAUAUCCAGCAGAUGAUGAUGUAGAAACGUACAUUAGUUCAAAUCCUCUCAGCCGCCACCUCUAAACGUCACAUUUACACACUGAUCAGACCCACUAACUGGUUUUGUCUACAUUGCAGAAGUAUUCGUGCCCCUGAAAAUCCCUCCUGUCAAACUGCCCCGGGGCAGAUGUGGCUACAAGCUAGCUCCCCACCAUCAGUGUGUGAAGGACUCUGGAGAUGUAGAACAGGACUUUUACAGAUAUUUAACAUUCUGUCAUUACAGCCACAAAGUUCCUUCAUUUCAACAGGAUUUUAUUUGAUACACAAACAUAAAAUAAAGUUCUGGAUGCAUUUUAAUGUAGCCUCCCUUUUAUCUGACACUACUAAAUAAAACCCAGAUGCUCCACAGAGCGGUUCAUAUGAGACUUUGUCCAUGACUUGAAGCACACUGACACCUUCAAUCACUCAGGUCUUCAGACACCAAAGACUUGUAAUUAUUAAAGCAUUUAGUCUUAAUUCCAGUGUGAAUCUAAAUAUGUGACCUUUUUAAAUGUAUUAGGGCAGUUUUGUUGUCGUUUGUGGUUCUUACUCUGCAGUCAGUGAUUUCAAUGUCAAUAUGAUUAGAGGUUUUACAGUUGCCAUCUGUUGGUGUUUUUUUUUUGUUAGAUUGCAGCCGUGUUUGUCUAAACCUUAAAAAGGGAUGAAUGUUUAAUUUUCUAAAAUUUUCUACAGAUGUGAUUUCCAGUGUCACAGGUCACAGUUCAGGGGUCAGAGCGUGUUUAUGUCUUCAAUCCAUAGUCUGUUCAUAGCUCUGAUUGGAGACGCCGUGGGUUACAUGCAAAACCUUUUUUUUUUUUUUUUGUCUGUGCAAUAAACGAUGAAUGUAGAACAUC